AUGUGCAUAAAUCAAAAGGUUCGAAGUCUGGGGAAUGCCACAGCUAUAAAUGAGCGUUGUCUUGAUUUGCAGCGUCCUGGCGUUCCCCCCGAUCAAAAAUGUCCAUUCGCUCCGUCCCAAGAAAAUGAAUCAGCUAUCAAUGAUUUUAGAGACCAUGUUCUUGCUAAGGUUCAAGAUAUUGAGGACAUAGGCAAGAUUGGGGAGCGGAUGGGAAUUUGCCCCUAUUAUGCAACACGUUCCGUUAUUGGACACAGUGAAAUUGUGACGCUUCCGUAUCCCCUUCUCCUUCAAAAGUCGGCUCGGGAAGCCCUAGAUAUCUCGCUUAAGGACCACGUUAUUAUCAUUGACGAGGCGCAUAACCUUAUGGAUGUAAUCGCCAACAUCCAUUCAGUGACAAUAUCCCUCAAGCAGCUCCAGACUGCCCUUGAGCAGGUUACCGUCUAUGCAAAGAAAUACAAAACGCGACUAAAAGGGAAAAACAGAGUAUACAUCGCGCAAGUUAUGCGCCUAAUUGCCUCCAUAUUAAAAUAUCUUGAGUCGAACGUGGCUACCAAAGGCUUGAUGGACGGAACCGUAGAGCCAUCACAAUUAAUGAGUGGAAAAGGUAUCGACCAAAUCAAUCCCCACAAACUCUCACGGUAUUUACAGGAAAGCAAAUUAGCCCGAAAAAUAGAUGGUUAUUUGGAAAAGUCGAAAUCUUUAGAAGAGAAAGUUAACGGACAAAGAACGGCGGUCCCUGUGUUGUUCCAGAUUCAGUCAUUCUUGCUUUCCUUGAUGAACCCAGCAGCUGAAGGUCGUCUUUUUUUCGAAAAUACAGGGUCUGAUAUUCUCCUCAAGUACAUGUUACUGGACCCGACAGAGCAUUUUCGCGAAGUUGUGGAAGAAGCAAGGGCGGUUAUACUAGCUGGAGGAACAAUGUCCCCGAUGACUGAUUAUUCGGACCACCUUUUCUCAUACCUUCCACCAGAAAAACUCCGAACAUUCAGCUAUGGCCAUGUCAUCCCGACAGAAAAUCUCACAGCGAGGCCCAUCUCACGCGGAAUUGGGAACACGGAAUUCGAUUUUACAUUUGAAAAAAGGAAGUCUAGCGAUAUGAUGUUAGAUCUUGGCCAGACCAUUGUUGAAAUGUGCAAAGUGAUUCCUGAUGGUGUUGUAGCUUUUUUCCCAAGCUACAAAUUCCUUCAACAAGUACUAGAGGCAUGGAAAUAUUUCCCUUCCGGUUCAACGGGUCCAAAAAUAAUCGAAACUAUUGGCUUGUUGAAACCGUUGCUCUACGAAUCGCAAGAGGAGAACACCAACAUCGAAGAACUCCUCCGAAAGUACACAAAUCUCAUAGACGAAGGAAAAGGCGCAUUGCUAUUAUCGGUCAUGGGUGGGAAGCUUUCCGAAGGAAUUAACUUCUCCGAUCGGCUUGGAAGAGGCGUGAUUGUCAUUGGGCUUCCAUUUCCUAACGUCCGUAGCGCUCAAUGGGAAGCGAAAAUGAAGUACGUCGAACAUCGAGCUUAUGAGAAAGCUGCUGGACCGGAAGGGAGCAGAAGAAGCCAAGCGAAGCUUGCCAGCAGAGAAUUUUACGAGAAUGCUUGUAUGCGGGUAGUGAAUCAAUGUAUAGGGAGAGCAAUCAGGCAUCAACAAGAUUACGCUGCGAUCUUCAUGCUGGACCGACGAUAUGAAACGCAGCGAAUCCAGUCCAAGCUGCCGUUGUGGAUUCGACAAAGCUUGACUCCUGCUCCGAUUAGGAAUACUCUAGGGGAUGUUGAUAUGUUUUUCAAGGCGAAGGUUUAG